AUGGUGUCAGCUAUGCCUUCGCCAUUCGACCCCGCAUUUUCCUCGCCAGAAGCUAUUGGUAGUAACCACGGGAGAAAGAUUCUUCAAUCCUCCGCCCCUCCAUGUCCACCUCCAGGCGUUCUAAUCGCUUACAACUACCGCCUCUACUGCAUCACAUGUACUGUAGAUCAGGAGCUUAUAACGGGAGACGAUUUCCCCUGGUGCCGUGCAGUCGACUGCAGCACCAAGUACGGCCCUUUCAGACCCAUCUGGAACACCAUCAAGAAUUUAUGCGAGGCUCCCCUUCCGCCCUCUCCUUACUCAACAUCUUGCCUACCCGGGUUCAUCUGCACUUCCCCUCCCCCGCCUAGUCCUCCUUCCCCCUCCCUUCCGCCUUCCCCCUGGCUCCAACCGCAGAUCCCUCCCUCUGUCCCCUUUUCAGCUCCCUCCGAUCCCUCUCCAUUCCCCCUUCCCACCUCUCCCCUUCCUCCUACUGGCGCCUCCUUUCAACCUCCUCUACCAGGCUCACCAUUCUCACCAGCUUCACCCACAUACCCGUUACAACCACCACCAGCACAGGCCUCAGCACCACCGCCCCCUCCUCAGCCCGCUGAUUGUGGCCCCCACGGAACGCCAGCAGCACCUGACAAGGCAAGCUGA